AUGCGUACCUUGCGGGUCCUAGCCACUUUUUCGCUGUUUCCCGUUCGCAGAUUUUUGAAGGACCGGAUAUUGACGUGCGCGCAUAACUUAAAGAUGUCUACCAAUCCAUCAUUCAAGAACAAACUUUCCAACGAAAAGUCUCCAUAUCUUCUCCAGCAUCAGCACAAUCCUAUCGAAUGGUACCCAUGGGGCCCUGAAGCGUUCCAGAAAGCAAGAGAACUAAAUCGUCCCAUUUUUCUCUCAGUGGGCUAUUCGACCUGUCACUGGUGUCAUGUUAUGGAGAAAGAGUCAUUCGAAAAUGAGGACAUCGCUCGAUACCUUAACAACCAUUUCGUUAGUAUAAAGGUCGAUCGCGAAGAACGUCCUGAUGUCGACAAACUUUACAUGUCAUUCAUUCAGGCAUUGUCUGGUUCAGGCGGUUGGCCCAUGACUGUUUUUCUAACACCUGAUUUGGACCCAAUCACUGGCGGUACAUAUUUUCCACCUCAUGAUUCAGUAGGAUCUAUGGGGCUAACGUCAGUGCUACGAUUGGUAACUGAAAAUUGGAGCGAUAGGCGCACCAGAGAGGCGAUGGGCGGACAAGGGAAAAUGAUUACAGAUGCACUAAAAAAAGGUUAUGUUUAUACUCACGGCGAUGCGCCUCCGCUGGAUCCUGUGCUUGCAGGUGCCUUUAAGUAUAAAACAUCGAAUUUCGACGAAAAAUACGGUGGAUUCGGCAACGCGCCAAAGUUCCCUAAGGCUUGCGAUCUCGAAUAUCUAAUUUACCAUCUCUGCUGGUCUAAAGUAGAUUCAGAACGAGAACUGUGCCGUCAUAUGCUUGAUGUUACGUUGGAUGCAAUGGACAGAGGAGGAAUCCAUGAUCACAUUGGAAAGGGCUUCCAUCGUUACUCUGUAGAUGAAGAAUGGCAUGUUCCACAUUUUGAGAAAAUGCUCUAUGACCAAGCUCAGUUACUUGGAGUUUAUGCGGAUGCAUGCAGAGUUUGUGGAGAUAAGUACAAACACGUCGUUAAGGAUAUUGCUGAAUACAUGGAAGAGUGUCUUUCACAUGAGGAAGGAGGGUUUUACGCAGCGGAAGAUGCAGAUUCGUUACCAACGGCCGACUCAACUGAGAAAAAAGAAGGCGCAUACUUUGUGUGGGAAAGAUCUCAGGUAGAGGAGCUAUUGAAAGACCAGAAAAUUGGUGACCAUCCCGCAGGUGAAGUUUUUUGCGAGUAUUUCAACAUUGAAAAGGACGGAAAUGUUUCUAGUUCAAAGGAUCCUCACGGAGAGCUAGUGCAUAAAAAUGUGUUGAGAAUGAAAAGAUCGCAUGAUUACUACGAGAAUCGAUUUGCUGUCUCAAGUGAUGUGCUUUCAGAAGGUAUAAGUCGAGCCAAGGCCACUCUUGCUGAAUUUCGAUCGCAUCGACCUCGUCCUCAUCUGGACUCGAAGAUGGUGACAGCUUGGCAAGGGUUAGCCAUUUCUGGGUUGUCCAAGGCUGCUGUUGCCCUCCAACUUCCAGCUUACAUCGAACGAGCAGUAAAAACAGUAGAAUUUGUAAAGAAAUAUCUAAUGGACGAAGAUGGUCAAUUACUGCGAGCAGCUUAUAGAGGAGAGGAUGGAAGUGUGCAAAACACAUCUGCUCCAGUUCCUGCAUUCUCUGAUGACUAUGCAUUCCUCAUCCAAGGUUUAUUGGAUCUCUAUCAAGUUAAACCAGAUUUAGAGUUAUUGAAAUUGGCAGAGCGUUUACAAGAUGAUAUGGACUCCAAAUUUUGGGAUACUGAAACUGAGUCUGGUUACUAUAUCGGGAGUGAUCAAGGAGAUGUGAAGGUACGCGUCAUGGAAGAUCAAGAUGGCGCCGAGCCUUGCGCUAAUUCUGUAGCUGUUGGGAAUCUGGUUCGUCUCUAUGACUACUUCGAGGCAACAGAAUAUAAGCGGAAGGCAGAGAAAAUUGUUGCCGCUUCUUCGAGCAGGCUCAUAAAAUAUCCAUUUAUUCUGACAAAAAUGAUUUCUGGUUACCAUCGAAUGGUAAAGGGUUCAGCAGAGAUAAUGAUUGUCGGUAAGGCCUCAGACGAAAAAGUAGCGGCUUUCCGGAAGGAAAUUGACUCGCACCAUAUAUGGAACAAGCUGCUUCUGUUUCUAGAUCCAACUGAAGACAAUUCAUUCAUUACCGACCAGUGUUCGACUUAUGCUGAAAUGCUAAAAACCAAUGAGCCUACAGUGUUCAUCUGCCGUAAUUUUGCAUGUGGAGCUCCUAUAACCGGCUUAGCCGAACUGAAGUCGCAGUUGGAAGGACUUGCAUCUUAA